GCAUUUACGUAUUACUUGACUUCGAUUAACUGUAAUCUAUUACCGUUUACGUGAUCACCAUUGCCGACUAUCACCGGCUUACAGCGUGUAACUCGGUGCACGUAAACAUAGUGACAUAUGCUUACAAAUCUAGUUCUAUAAAGCGUAUACGAUGUCAAAUUGGUGCUACCUACUAAACCGGUCAGUAUUGAAACUGACAGUGAGAUGUCACAAUAUCCGACCGCCGAUGAAAUUCUCUUCUUCAAACAAACAAAGUAUAUUUUGUGUCGUGAACAAAAGCUACGGUAGAGAAAUAUUUACACGAAAUUCAGAAAUUCACAAGUCAUCCUACGCUACGAGGACCAACUUGCGAAUUGAUCAAGACAAUGUUGUCAGUAGUCCGUUUCCAGAUAUCAACGUUCCCCGGGAAUUUUUACAUGAAUAUAUUUGGAAGAACUUGGAACGAUGGCCAAACAAAACAGCAGUGGUUUGCUCAACAACCGGUAAAUCGUAUACAUAUUCCCAACUGCGUACCUUAAGUGGAAAAUUUGCGGCAUCUCUGAGGAAAUGCAAAUUUCAUCCUGACAGUACCAUCGGCGUUGUUUUGCCAAAUGUAGUGGAAUUCGCAAUAAUUGUGUUGGGAGCAUCUGAAGCUGGAAUUAAAAUCACUAUGAUGAAUCCAAUAUCCACGGCAAAGGAAAUUAGUCGACAGUUACAAGCUUCUGAAGCUAUUGGCGUAAUUACUACUUCGGAAGAAUAUCCAGUUGUCAAAGAGAGCCUUGUCGGGUGUACAAAUAUUACAUUGCCUAUAAUCAUAGUAGAUGAACCAAAUCACCCGUUACCGGAGAGAUGUAUCAGAUUCAGUGAAUUGAUAUCCGACUCCGUUGAAGUAUUGAGUGAAUCCGCAAUUCCGGGAAAAACCAAUGAGGAUGUUUUAUUCUUACCAUACUCAAGUGGAACAACAGGUUUGCCAAAAGGCGUGGAAAUCAGACAUCGGAAUGUUGUUGUGAACUGUGAGCAGUUGCAAGUUGAAGGAAUAUAUCCUGGAGAUGAAACUACCGAAACUCAUCAAGAAGUGGUUCCUCUGAUUUUACCAGCGUUUCAUAUUUAUGGAUUAGUUGUGGGGAUGCUCAAUUACUUGAGCGUCGGAGCUAAGAUCGUUUUCGUCCGGAAAUUCAACGCAGAAAAUUUCCUGAAAUCUCUGAAAGACUUCAAGUCAACCAUAUUAUACGCGGCGCCACCAAUGAUACUGUUUUUGGGAAGCAACGAAAUGGUCACCCACAAUCAUUUCGGUACCCUCAAAUUCAUCAUGUCAGGGGCUGCACCGAUUGGUGCGGAAAGUGUGCAGAAAGUACUGAAGAAAGCCAAACGUGAAAUCGCGAUAGCACAAGGGUAUGGUCUCACCGAGGCUUGUCCUGUUGUCACGUGUACCAACAACGGAAUAAAUAACUUGGAUUCAGUUGGGUAUCUUCUUCCCAAUACAAGCUUACGGAUUGUUAAUACAGAAGAGUCGAGAGCCGGAGAAAAUAUGGGUGUGAACGAAACAGGAGAACUGUACGUCAAAGGUCCCCAAGUAAUGAAAGGGUAUUACAAGAAUCCUGAAGCUACCGCGAAUACUUUGGAUGGAGAAUGGCUCAAAACCGGCGACAUAGCCUGCUUCGAUGAAACCGGUCAUGUAAUGAUCAAAGAUCGAAUAAAGGAGUUGAUAAAAGUGAAGGGCUUUCAAGUGGCACCUGCUGAGCUGGAAGAACUACUGCGAACUAAUGAUGAAAUAUUGGACGCGGCUGUAGUCGGAGAACCUCAUCCGAAAUAUGGAGAGAUGCCAAAAGCCUUCGUUGUUUGUAAACCCGGAGUACAAUGUGACGGAGAAAAAAUUAAAAAAUUCAUUGCUGAACGGGUCCCCAGCUAUAAACAAUUGGGAACCGUUAAAUUCAUUGACGUAAUUCCAAAGAGCACCGCAGGUAAAAUACUUAGGCGGCAACUUAAAGAAUUGUAAGCCAACCGGUACUUGCAAAUUGUAAGAUAGAUGAACUUGAUCGGACAAAGUGUAAACUAAUCUCUAUUUUUCUACGAUUUAUAAGAAACACCUGUUUCUCGCAUGAUUUUGUAAUAUGAAUUUAUAGUGUGAGAAAUUUA